CUGCUGGGGUGCAGAGCACCCUCUCCCGGCGCCGCCUGCGAGCAGCCACGGCGAUUCGGGACUUUAUUAAUUAAUUUUUUUUUUUUUUUUCCUUCUGCCUUCCCAGCUGGGCCGGCUCGUCCCGGCCCGACCCGUCCCGUCCCGUCCCCUCCGGUGCCGCCGCUCCUCGGAAGCUGCCGCCCACCCGUCGGGGGAUGAUGGCGCGCCCCGCGCCCGGCGCCUGAGCGCCUCGGGGGCUCCAUGGGCGGCUCCGGCAGCGCCCUGCGCUGCUGCCCCGCCGGCGGCAAGAGGCAGCAGAAAGCCCAGCAACAGCAGGCACCACCUGGCCAGGAGCUCAGCGCCUGGAGGACAGAGAACGCCAAUGGAGCCGGGAAGGAGCUGGCAGCACUGGGGGAGGAGCACGGUGCGGAGGCUGUGAAACUGCUCCAAGGACAUGAGGAGGAGGAGAGGCUUCGAGGAGCCCGGGGAGCAGAGGAUGAGGGACCGCGAUGUGUCAGCUCCCAGGAAGAAAAGGGAAAGGACCUGGAGCUGAAGGAGAGGUUUGAUGCCCUGAGGAGAGAACAUGAGGAGACCCUGCAAGAACUCCAAAGAGUGCAUGAGCAGGAGAAGCUGCUGCUGGCAGAGUCCCACCACAGGUCCCAGGAGGCCUUACAGGAAACCAUCGCCACGCUGAAGUCCCAGCUGCAGUCUUUCCAGGACAGGAUGAAGCGAGUGGAGGAAUCGCUGCUGAGCAGGGACUACAAGAAGCACAUUGAGGAGCACGGGAGUCCCAGUCCCUUCUGGGAGCAGGAGCUGGAGAGCCUGCACUUUGUCAUCGAGAUGAAGAAUGAGCACAUCCACGGCCUGGACAAGAAGCUGCUGAACCUGGAGAGUGUGGCAGAGAGGAACCUUCUGCUGGAGGAGAAGGUGAAGACCUUGCAGCAAGAGAACGAGGACCUGCAGGUGCGCACCCAGAACCACCUGGUGAUGACGAGGCAGCUGUCGGAGGAGCUGCUGGCCACCCGUGGGGCGCUGGAGAAGGAGUCAAAGCUGCGGGAGCAGGCUCACCGUGAGAAGGAGGAGCUGCUGUACCGUGCGCUCAAUGGGGAGGAUGGUCACCCCUUCCCCAUUGCUGCUGGUGACGUGCCCCUCAUCGCCACGUAGCACACAGCCCAGGGGGUGGCACGGCCGUGAGUGUCCCCACUCUCUGGGGCUGGCCCUCGGGGUGGUCGGGUCCCUGUGGUGGCCCCGUGCAAUACAGCACUUCCUGGGA